AUGGGGAGACAUCAACACCGUGAUGGACAGAAUUACAGGAUUGGACCCGAGAUGAAGACCAUCGCAGUUAUUGGGGCGCUGGGCGUUGAUCACAUCAUGAUCGUACCCCGGUUUCCAAAGACAGGAGAGAGCAUUAGAGCAAGUCAUUCCGAGAAAGCCUUGAGCGGAAAGGGUGCAAACACAGCGCUCUCGACAUACCGCUCCUGCCACCACAAGGCAUCGCUAGGCAGGGGCGAUGGUGCCAUUCGAGUUAAGAUGAUUGGCAAGGCUAGUAAGGAUCACUACGGAGAGGGGCUUAAGAAGAGGCUACUCGAGAACGAUAUCGAUGUCUCUGGCCUUAAAGAGGUGCCAAGCUUAUCAUCCAGCAAACGCGUCGUCAUGAUCAAUGAAGAAACCCACGAUAGUCGGUGUGUGUUUAGCCCGGGGACAACAGCGGCCUGGAAGAAGGAGGAUUUCAGCUACCCUGAGCAAUUUGGAGGCGAAGAAUGGCCGAACUUGAUCGUAGCGCAGAUGGAAAUCGAUAAGGAGGUCGUUGAGACGAUGAUUGAAACUGCUGGUCACGCUGGUAUCCCAUUCUGCUUGAAUGCCGCGCCAGCGAGCCCGAUCAACCCCGAACUUUAUAGGUUCAUCACGCAUCUCGUGGUCAACGAGUUCGAGGCUGCGAUAAUGUCCGGCCGUAUGCCGGAUAAUGUGACGGAGAGCACCUGGCCAAGUAUUGCCCAGGACUUCCUGAACGUUGGGGUCGAGAACGUGGUUAUCACAUUGGGUGCAAAAGGUGCCUUCUACGCCGAUAAAAAGGUCUCCGGGCACUGUGCUGGAUAUCCCGUCUCCGUCGUGAAUACAACCGGAGCAGGCGACACCUUUACAGGUGCGUAUGCGGCCGACUAUGUGCGUCAGAUAUCCAGUGCAUCUGGAGAAUGGGAUAUUGAGAGUGCCGUCGUUCGCGCGAACAAAGCUGCUGCUAUCUCUGUUGGGAGGAUGGGCGCUCAGGGGCACAUUCCUUGGGCGGAUGAAAUUGAUCAGUUUGACAUAAUGGCAGAGAUGACUUUUGAUUAA